CGAAUCGUCUGCUUAAUCGUCAAUUAAUCGCCAUGAUUGUUCGAUGCAACUCGAUCUAGUGGCGCUCAGUGAGAGAGGCGAAGGUGGAGGUGAAGCAGCUAAUAGUUUCCGAUCAAUCUUCCGAUCGUCGCCUGUUUCUUUCUCUAGCUCCUAUCUUCUUCAACGACAGACUGCAGCAGCGACAAACUACGACGAUGACGACGACAGUGAAGAUCAAUAUCAACACGCUGCCGCCCCUACGCCUACCUAUCUGUUUCCGGUGGUCGAAGUAGCAGCUGUAAUGCGUAGCCGCACAAUGCGAUCGGAUGUUGUCUAUGAGCCAGUAGACUGUUCUGCUCUAUUGCAGUGGCGCGUACCGCUCGAUGUUGAGCGCAGUGCUUUUUGUUGCCGCCUGUGCUAGCAGUGGGUGUAAAAAUAAAAGUUAUAAGAAGUAAAAGACACGACAGUGCUUUUGGAGAACAAAAAAAAAUACAAAGUAGCAGCUGCUGAAAGGACAGCGGCACGAAGCCGCUUCCGAUGGCGGCUCAAAGAUCUCAUAGUUGUCGGGUGGAGCUGCGGCGAGGAAGCGGAGGACAGGGUAAUAUCCGACGAGAACUUUCCCGGAUAUCAAAUGGAUCACACAAUAGCAUCGCACUUUCCGAUGUUGUGGAGCCCCUUGAAUUUGAGGAUUACCUCUUGCAGAUGGGUGAUGCCAUCGAUCGGGAUACUCUGCGGGAUGUGGUCCUCUUCCCAAGCGACGACAUUGAAGUUGGGGUCGUAUCGCGAAAGACGCGUACAAUUGGCCCGAUUGUUCCCGACGAAAAAGACUCCGAGCUGGAACCUUGGGUUCGAUGCUGUGUCGAGUCGUUUACAAACAACUGGCUCGUGAUAAACCGUAGAUACCAGCACUUUAGCUCGGCACUUGGAGUACGCGAUCGAACACUGGAACGGAGUCUGUUGGUCAGGAGCACCCCGAGGCAGGAAUUCGAGAUUGAUAUGGACUGCACCACAGGGUGUAGCAAUCAAGAUAAUGCCAGCGUUAUAACCGAAGAAGGUGACACAGCCUCGGAGACGAACGUCGCGAACGACGUGGACGAUGCAUCCAGUAUUGCAGACUCAGUGUGCUCACGCGACACUCCUCGAGGUAGCUGGGCUUCGUCUGUGCCCGACCUCCGCAGUUCAGCGUCAGAUCCGUUGCUCGAAGGUCUUGUGGCAGGUGAUCCACCUUCGGUUUCUUGUCAAGCUGGAGGACCCCCCAAUUUGCUGGCGCUAUAUUCACCUCCUGUAGAUGACGAGGCCGUUGAUUCUCGUUCUGCCGCGGGGAUCCCCACGGAAGUGAUGCCCCAUCGACUCCUUGUUAAGUGCCUGCAUUUUAAGGUUGAACCGGACUUCGAACCUUUAUUCCUCUCUAUGGCUCUUUAUGAUUCCAAAGAAAAACGCAAAAUCUCAGAAAAUUUUUACCUUGAUCUUAAUUCCGAUCUCAUGAAACGAAUGCUACAAAACCAUGUUCCCUACGCCGAUAUGUCCACUCUUGCUAGAUCGUGCAUUUUCAACGUGAGCAGCAAUUCUGCGCAGGACAUUUUCCUUAUUAUUAGGGUGGAAAAAGUGCUUCAAGGAGACAUCGGAGAUAGCGCCGACCCUUAUCUUAAAGAGGAUCGUAAGGCUAAAGAUUCGCUUCGUGUACAAGCCCAAGUUGUGUGCGAACGACUUGGCCGAUAUCGUCAGCCUCUAGGGUGGACAGCUAUCUAUCUGCAAAACGUGGUUCAGGGCACAACAAGCUUAGAAAAAGAUGCCUCGUUAGUAACGGCCAGCGGAUCGACAAUUGGACGUCGCAGUUCUCUGGAACGAGGAACCAAGUUGGACUCAUUCCGGAAGAUCAAAGAGGUUCAGGCCAGUGAUCCUAUAUUGAUUGAGGGCGCUAACCGUACCCUGGAUAACUUCCGGACAUUGACGGUUGUGGUUAACCAUCUUUUUAGACAAGAAAUGGAUAAGGUUAAGGAUGAAGACCUUUACAAGUUCUUGCAGGAAUUCAAGAGACCUACAGGCUCAGCAACAUUAAGCAAACGUCUAAAGAAUAUUCCUGUGACAUUACGGCUAGAAAUUUCACCAUGUCCGGCCGAAGUGCAGAAUGCACUUACACCCGAGCUGGUGCCUGUUAUCCCACAGAAUCCCGAAGAGCGGCCAGUAAAAGAGAUCCUAGAAUUUCCACCAAAGCCCAUAAUGCAUUCACAUGUUAGCUACCGUAAUCUCUUGUACGUGUAUCCGCGCAGUGUGAAUUUCACUAACCGAUUAGGCGUAUCUGCACGAAACAUCGCCUGCCGCGUGCAGAUGAUGUGCGGUGAGGAUGAGAUCUGCAAUGCUCUACCGUUAAUCUUCGGCAAAUCUUCGUGUCCCCAGAUGUCUACCGAGGCUCUAACCUGUGUUACAUACCACAACAAGGUACCUGACUUCAACGACGAGAUUAAGAUGAAGCUUCCAGCAAGAUUAACUGACCGUCAUCAUUUACUAUUUACAUUUUACCACAUCUCGUGUCAACAACGAAAAGAUGGCACGUUGGGCGCCGGCGGUGGGGGUGGUGGAGGCCCAACAAGCCUGGGGCCUACAGAAACUCCUAUAGGCUAUUCGUGGCUGCCACUUUGCCCAGCCGACUCGUCGACAAGUCCAUUUGGAGAUCACUCGCUUCCAAUCAUGAUUGAAAAGCCGCCACCUUCAUACUCUUUUCUACAUGCGAAUGUAGCUAUACCGAACACCAAAUGGUUGGACAACCAUAAACCUUUAUUUGACGUUUCGAUACGAAGUGUAUCAACGGUCUUUCCGCAGAUCGAUUUCAUUUUUCAGGAUUCGCACUUAGAGCAUUUCGUACAAUUGUGCAACCAUCUUGAGUCUGGUACGUUGGUUGCAUCCCGCCUAAUUUCUGGUGCGGAUACCUGCGAGCGUGAAGUACGCAACCUCAUUCUCGAAGUGGCCAAGGCAAGCGCUGAAAGCCUCAUUAAUUUCUUGCCCAUUGUCUUGGACCAUCUCAUAAAGCUGUUGGUCACUCCGCCAUCGGUGUUUGGCCAUACCAUCGAUGCGUCGGGCACAGUUUUCGAAGCCCUUUGUUCUGUCGUAUCAACCAUAGCGCAAGCCUUGGACGAGGAGAAUGACCAGCACCGGCGAUCUCCCCAGCUGGCCUCCUAUAUACAGUAUCAGUGCACUCUACCUCAUCCACCAGCCGAAGUUAAGACGGCCGGCACCCGCCCUACGUCUUCUUCAGGCUCCGCCAUGGAUCUCGAGAACGACGAGGAAAUCUGCGGAAUCCUUGAAAGGACCCGGCUAGCAUCACCAACUCAUACAACGUCAAACAUAUUUGUGCAGCCACCUCAGCUACCGUUUGGAACCAAAAUUGAUUGUGGGUUCGAUCAGCGUUCCCGUAAACUUGUCCAUGAAGAAAUCAUCAAGUACUGGAUUAACAACCGAUCCUCAACUGAGAACCCGCUCAUGAAUCAAAACUAUCCGACGACAUGGUUCUUUUUUGAAUUGAUCAUUAAGUCGAUGCAACAGCAUUUGGCGACGACAGGUAAACUUCAGGCACCCCGAAAACAACGUUUUAGCGAGCGGUUUCAGGAAGAGAUUACGGCACUGGUCAGUUCGUUGACGGAUGAGAUUAUCGCCAAAGCGAAUCCUGACGGCGCUGCCCUAUACCUGAACGCCCAUCUCGCGUUCUUUGUCCACGAUCUACUCAGCAUCAUGGAUCGAGGCUUUGUAUUCCAACUAAUUAAGCUCUACUUUAAGUAUUUCUGGUCGAAGAUAUACAUUCAGGCGGACAUGGUAAACCACCAGCUAUUUUCGCUUCGUCUAGAUUUUCUUCGAAUCGUCUGUUCACACGAGCACUACAUUCCACUAAAUCUCCCCUUGACGCCCCAGGCUGUCUUGUCACCCCCUGUGUCACCGUCACCAUCAGUCAACAGCAGUUCGUCGCAGAGUAGUAUUGCUCAACCUACGGAGCUUUCGCACGAGUUCCGGCAGACUCAUUUCCUUGCUGGGCUCGUGCUCUCUCAACUAACAACAGCCCUAGCAACGGAAAAUGCCCCAUUGCGUUAUAAGGCCGCUUGUCUUGUGCUCAAUCUAUUGUCGUGGCAUGACUGGGAUCCACGCUACGCCGAGCCGGAAAAACGAGCUCGGAUUGUCACGUUGUAUCUACCUUUGCUGAGUAUUGUCGUCGACAACGCUGCUAUGUUGUUCGAUUUCAGCGCGUCGCUGGAGCACCCAAAUCAGCCUUCAAGGAGCACGCUCGAGGUGAUCGCAGGUUCGAGAGUGACCAAGGUUCGAGAUGACCAUCUGCGCGAGGACACCUCGCGGCACCUGUUGUUAUGCUUCUUGUGGCUGCUCCGCAACGCCGAUAGGCGAACUCUCAAACAUUCGCUGGCAGAAUGGCGGCCCAUUAAGUUACAGCGAUUUGUUGCCAUUCUGCGCAAGUGCGCCUCGUGCUUCCAGUACAAAGGAAGACAGAGUAUUUAUGGGAAGGUGACUCGAGGGCACAUUAUCCGCAGGUCAUCUGAUCUGAACCGUCUGAAUCGGCUAGAGGAAGCCAUCCUCGGUCAGGGAUCGGCGCGCAGCGAGUUAAUUCGACGAAAACUUCAAUUGACUUCGCAUGGCUCGUCGCAGCCGGGCACAGCCGGGAUCUCCGCCUCUGCUGGGCAACCGACUUCAGCUCAACCCGAACAGCUACGAUGGCGUAAAGAUAUUGUGCGAUAUUCAUCAGCGGAUUCGAGCGAUGCGGGUUCACGGCAAGAGCUGGAUGAGCAAAUCCACCUCGAGGGCAACUUGGCUUCAGAGGCGACUGCUGUGAUUAUCGAUUCGCUCGACGUCGUUGUUCAGGUAGCUCUUCAGCUCGAUUCACUUCAGAACCUUCUUUCUUCUUGCCACAAGUUAGUGCUGCAUAUUCUGGCGUGCAACCAAUCAGCGGCCGUGUUGCAGAAAGUUUUCGCAGUACAACGCUCUCUAGCGACACGAUUUCCCGAACUCUUAUUCGAUGAGGAGAGUUCGGAGCAUUGCUCGGAGUUGUGUCUUCUCCUGCUUCGGCACUGUUCUUCAAGGAUGUCGGCGAUUCGAUCGCAGGCGGCGGCUUCACUCUAUCUCCUUAUGCGGCAAAACUUCGAAAUAGGCAACAACUUUGCUCGCGUCAAGAUGCAAGUUACCAUGAGUCUCAGUUCGCUUGUGGGUCGCAGGACUUCAUUUAGUGACGGCUGCCUUCGAAUUUCGCUCAGAACGGUACAACUGUACGCGGAAGGAGACGCCGAUCUUCAUGGGACAGCCUUCCCUGCUCAAGUUAGCGACCUGGUUACCAAUCUCCACACGAUCUUAUCCGACACCGUCAAGAUGAAGGAAUGCGAAUCCGACCCGGAUAUGCUUAUGGAUCUCAUGUAUCGCAUUGCAAAAGGCUACCAGGAUUCGCCAGAUCUUCGUCUAACAUGGCUUGCCAACAUGUCUGGGAAGCACCUCGAACGAAACAAUCACUCGGAAGCGGCUCAUUGCCACCUGCACGCCGCUGCUCUUGUUGCCGAAUAUCUCCAUAUUAUCGAACACAAAAAGUAUCUCCCCGUUGGGUGUGCAGCAUUCGAGAAGAUCUGCUGGAACGUUCUAGAGGAGAGCGCAACGUCUGAUGACGUUAUUUCACCCGACGAAGACAUUCGAAGUGCGCAUUUUACGGAGCAUGGACUUGUGGCUCUUUUAGAGCUUGCCGCACAAUGUUUCUGGGAGGCUCAAGAAUUUGAAUCAGUCAACCACAUUUACAAAAUCGCCAUUCCGAUCCUUGAGGCUCAUCGUGACUACAAGAAAUUGGAAGAGGUUCAUAAGAAAUUGUGUCAGGGCUUUCAGCUUAUGAGCAGUAUGGGAGACAAACGACAUUUUGGCACGUACUUCCGCGUCGGUUUUUACGGCAGUAAAUUAAAUGACAUGAAUGGAGUCGAGUUUGUGUAUAAGGAACGGAGCCUCACAAAGCUACCGGAGAUCUCAUCACGUCUGGAAACGUUGUACGCUAAUCGUUUUGGCGAGGAAUUCGUUGAGAUUAUCAAGGACUCAAACGCCGUCGAUGAAGAACGCCUGAAUCCUGAAAAGGUUUAUAUACAGAUCACAUACGUAGAGCCGUACUUCGAACUGUAUGAACUCAAAGAUCGCACCACGGUUUACGAGAAGAAUAACAAAAUCAUGAGAUUCAUGUACGCCACCCCAUUUACACAGAGCGGCCGAGCGCACGGCGACCUCUGGGAGCAGCACAAACGAAAGACAAUACUUACCACGACGCACGCAUUUCCGUACAUCAAAACUCGCGUUCAGGUAAUCGAUCGGCAGCAAAUUGUUCUCACUCCGAUCGAGGUAGCCAUUGAGGACAUUGAACGUAAGAAUAGGGAGCUGGAAAAUGCCGUCAACCAGGAACCGCCCGACGUGAAGAUCUUGCAGAUGGUCCUACAAGGCAGUAUCGGCGCUCAGGUGAAUCAGGGCCCACUCGAGGUGGCCAACGUAUUCCUGGUAGAACUGGUUGACAAUCGCACAACCGCUACCUAUCAUCAAAGCAGGCUUAGAUUGUGCUUUAAAGAAUUUAUCAAGAGAAUUGGUGAUUGCCUUAAGAAAAAUCGCCAACUCAUUUCAGCUGAACAAAAAGACUAUCAAAAGGAAAUGGAGAAGAACUAUCAAGUAUUCAAUGAGAAGCUGAAACCAAUGAUUCAGAGUCAUGCACGCUAAGAACACAGUUUUCAUACGGUGCCCCCGAUGAAGGAAAGGGCAAAAAAGGAAGGAGGGAAGACGCAACUAAUUUCGAGUAAAACAAUUCUUCUGUACAUAUUCACCUUGUUUUAAAAUAGUUGUGGACAACAUGUAUAAUUUUCACCAUGCGCAUUAUUACUACAACUAAUACAGGAGCUGUUAUUUAAAAGGAUAAGUCAAAUUGUAGAUGGAUUACACGUAACUCAUAACUGAUGAGAAGAAAACGUGUUUUGACUAUUAUCCUGCAUGAUCCAAAAUUACAUCAAAGAUUAUAUUAAUGUUUUCAAUAUUUUUUGUAGUCUGAAUUGAACGUUGUUUUCUAGUGACGUCAACUUUGGGUUCAACAUUUCUUCUACAGAACCUCACAAACUCGCUCUAGUGUUACAAUCAGGUUUUUGCGUAUACCAUUUUUAAGCUUUAUCUAAAACGGUUCUAUAAUGAAGAUUGUAGAUUUAUCAAUUAAGUGGGCAAAAGUAUUGUUAUUAUUUUCGCCAUUUUUCCAUUCAUAUGUCUAUAUUGUUUUCAGCCAGUAAAUUGACCCUUACCCCGGUAAGCUACCGGCUCAAAUAGAAGUUGGGCUGGAAAAAAUAUGCUCACAUAAGAAGAUGUGAUUUUGUAAGGGUUAAGUGGUAUUUUGCAACGCUACUAGUUGUCAGAUUAUUUAUAAUAUUGUGUGAUUUACCAGAAACAACAGAUGGGGUCGAUGGAUAUCCCACUGUUCUUCAAUUGUAUUUAACCUAAUAAGUGUUUAAUGAUAAAUAAGGUUUCUCGAUUGCAUACAGAUGGGAUUGAAUAAGUAAUACAGCAUUUAAUGGGGGCAUAUACACGGUUUCAUAUACGGACGUGAAGGAUAGAGCUUAAUGGGUACCUAAUAGAGUUGGUUCAGCCGUCCGUAACUUCCGUUCAAAAUUACAUGCAGUGGCUAUAUAUAAUAGAUAAACAGAAGUGUUAUGUAUUUGUGGGCGUAUGCGGCUCCGUCCCAUGCGAAUUGUUUAACAUUAUAAGUAAUACCGAAACCAAUAUCAAUUCAAACCGAGGUAUAGGUUUAUUGGAGAUUAUGUUAUGUAUCCUUCUGAUCUUGUUGUCUGAUUGUUUUCUUGAAUCGAAAAACUAAAAAGAAAACGAAGUUGUUCAGACUUUCAAUGCAAGAAUGUCAUACUACAUAUAAGACACUCAAUAAUAAAUAAAAAUAUCCGUUUA